CGCUGAUGCCGGUCUUUUUCUGCGCUUAUUUUGCCACGAUGUAACAGCUGGUACUGUAUCGUCCUUGUAUAAUACCAUUUUCUGUACUACAAUUUGCGGCAUCAGUCACCCACUCAUCCGGUAUUCGCGUGUUCCAAUUCCCGACUUUCAAGUUUAUGGUACCAUGCCAUCGGUACCAGCCGUUGCGCCCGUGACAACGAGUGGAAAAAUGGCAAUCAGCGGGGGAUCAUCACGGUCGCAGUCCAAGCACUGACCAUUCAUGGCUCGCGCCCAGUCCCGCAAUCAACGUUCAUCGAGAUCUCUUUUUUUUCCCCUUCCCUUCCCACUUCGCCCUUUCACGAGUUCCAGUCGCCGGUCUGUCUGCUGCCCUUGGGCUACCUCAACAAUUUAUCGAGUGUCCCUUUCCCACACCUGCGUGAUCUCUUUAACAUGCCACAAGCGUCACAAAUGACCACCAGUCUGUCGUUUUCCCGUUUCCCUCUUCCGAGAUUUUUCCUUCGCUCCGUCCCGAACCAGGUCCAGUCCUGACAACAUCCUGUCUUCCGAGGCCUGGCCCACCCUCAAACUUUAUACUUUAUUUGCCCCCCUCAGCCACUAGACAUAUUGGCCAGCCCCGCCUGUCAAUAGUCUGUCUGCGCUUAGCUGUACCUACCUACGGUACCUCACCCGGAGCGCAGCAGAAAAGCCGACUACGGUUAGGUUAAUAGACCGUGGCCGCCCGACAUCCGGCUACUGCACUAAUCAGCUCAUCUCGUUUCCAAGUUCCUGAUUGCUUCCGGCAAAAAGCAAAGCACUUGUCUUGGAUUUCAAGCUCGGCGCAUCAAACUAACCUCCUUCUAACGGCCGACGCUGCCGACGCUGCCACCGCCAAAACCAUGGCCAACAUGGCAAAUAGUCUGCUGAACAUGGUCAUUGAUGGCCCCAAGGAUGGGAAUGAUGAAGAAUCCCAUCCAUAUCCUGACUCCUCCUCCAAGUCUCACGGAGCUGUCUCCGCCCACAAUUCGGACUGUCUCCAGGCCAUGACUCAGCACCAGGAACAUGACCACUUCAACGACAACGACUCUCACAUCUCGGCUUCAGCUUCAACUCCCUCCACCCAGGCCAUGGAGGAAGACCACGCCUGGAGUGUUGCGACCAGGACAACAACACAAUCGUCCAUCGAUGACACCGUCACCCUCCAACGCCAUGUCCCGCCUACCCAUCCCUUUGCGGCUCCCGACAUGAGCCUCAUUUUCGACUUCUCUCCUGUCCCAUUACUCCUCCUGUCCUCGUCGUGCUGCAUCACCCGGGUCUCAAAACGCUUCUGCCAAGACUGGCAUGUCACCGAAGAGGACUGCAUCGGCAAGUUCCUGCUGCCCUUCCUCGAGAGCCAGAUCCGCGAAACGGGCGCCAGCAAAUCAAGACUCAUUGCCGAAGCCGUCGAUGAUGCCGUCGCCGCUCGAUCCGAGCGCACUUCCAAGGCCAUUACCGUCAAGAGUGCCUUCACCUGUCGCGCCCGCGUGAUACCCAUCUUUCGGGAUGCCGAGCUGGUCUCCAUCUACCUCGAAUGGCACGAGCGUCCAUCGUCCGAGGUCCUCGACAACGAGCAGGUCCAACCGGGCCUAUCCACGGAUGAAGCCUUUCGCAUUCUCGUGCAAGCCACCAAGGACUAUGCCAUAUUCCUCCUCGAUACAAAAGGUCACAUCGCAACUUGGAAUACUGGCGCGCAACUGCUCAAGGGCUACACUCGGGAAGAGAUCAUCGGCAAACACUUUUCCAUUUUUUACGGCAAAGAAGAUUUGGACAUCAAGAAGCCAGACAUGGAACUGGACAUUUGUCUUCGCGAGGGUCGUGUCGAAGACGAAGGCUGGCGCUACAAGAAGGACGGAACGCGCUUCUGGGCCAACGUCGUCAUCACGGCCGUCUACAAGAAUGGCGUCCACGUCGGCUUUGGCAAGGUCACGCGCGACUUGACGGAGCGUAAGGCGUCCGAGUCCCGCCUGAUUGCUGCCUACGAGGAGAGCGAGAAGCUCAAGUCGGACUUCCUCGCCAACAUGAGCCACGAGAUCCGUACCCCUAUGCACGGCAUGCUUUCGGCUUGCGCGUUGCUGCUCGACUCGCCCCUUACCGAGAGGCAGCGAGACAUUGUCAACAUCAUGGAUGAGUCGGGUCAGAUCUUGUUGCAGGUCAUCAACGACAUCCUCGACUAUUCCAAGCUAGCUUCGGGCAGUUUCUCAGUCAGCUCCGAUGUAGUUGGUGUCGCCAGCAUCAUCACCUCAGUGGUUCGCGCUGUCCAGACGACGUUGCCACCAGCAGUCCACUUUGAGCUCUUCCUCGCCCCUAACCUUCCAAAGUCCGUCCAAGGCGACCCCCUCCGUUACCGCCAAAUUGUCCAAAACAUUGUUGGCAACGCAGCCAAGUUCACCGACAAAGGUAGCAUCCGCGUCAAAGCUUCGGUUGACUCGGAGGACAACGACAGCUACACCAUCUUAACCGAAGUCAUCGACACGGGCAUUGGCAUCCGCGAGUCCGCCUCUGCCUCGCUUUUCACCCCCUUCAGCCAAUUCGACCUCACCACCACCAAGCGUUACAAGGGCACGGGUCUCGGCCUCUCCAUCGCCAAAUCCCUCGCCGAGCUCAUGGGCGGCCGCAUCGGCUACCGCCCCAACCCCGAACGCCACGGGUCUGUCUUCUGGUUCACCGCACGCUUCAAGAAGAUUAAGAGCCUUGAACAGAUCCAAGACUGGAAGCACCAGAUGGCCGCUAAGGACGGUUCACCCAUCUCGCCUAUUCAGCCCGACGUCACGGUUCUCCAACAACGACUUGCCUCGGUCGCCGGCACCAAAAGUAUUUUGCUCGUCGAAGACAACGUUAUCAACCAAAAAGUCAUGCUGGGCAUGCUGCGCUCACUUGGCUUUAGGAGCAUCGACCUGGCAGCUGAUGGCGCCGCGGCCGUGAAGAUGGUCACCGGAAAACCUGUCGGGUAUGAUAUCGUGCUGAUGGAUAUUAACAUGCCUAUCCUGGAUGGAAACGAAGCCUCGCAGAAAAUCCGUGACGCUGGAGUGAAGGUGCCUAUCAUUGCCAUGACUGCUUACGCCCUCAAGGGGGACCGUGAAAAGUGCUUGGAAUACGGCAUGAACGACUAUGUCCCCAAGCCUGUCGACAGGAAGUUCCUCAUCAAGGUCUUGGCUACCUGGAUCCUCGAAAAGGUCGACUACCGCAAGGCAUAUGACGAAAGGUUGCAGCAGUUGAAGGAUUGUGAUGAAAAGUUGCAUCGGCUGAGCGUCAGUGAGGGCGUAGCCGCAGCUAGAAGGGAAAGUGUAGAUGGGGGGUCGAAGCCUGGAAUGGCGUUGCAAGGAGAUGAGGGGGUGGUGAAGGGGUGGGCUUCCCCAUUCAGGGAGGUAGACCAGGCACAGGCCUCUAAUGCGGGCGUGAGGCAGGGGACGUUUCAGGAGCCGGCAUCGGUUAGGAUUCCGAAGAUGCUGGCGCAAAGGACGGAAAGGACCAAGGUGGGGCCACUACCGCUACCGAGUGGUGACCAGGGAGCGCCGAUGCUAAGUGAUGCUCAGCAAGGAAAACAAGAGCUACCCAACGGUGGAUUUGCCGAAGGCGAGGGGCUGAACCAACUGCCGCCGGUCAGCGACGGGGAGAUUAGUCCCAGAACUCUGGUGUAGUGGGCCGAUCAACCACCAUUGGAAGGUGACGGAACCGGUUAUGGUCCGGUUGAGAUGAGCAAGGGGCGUAAGAGGAGGAAAUGAUGGAACAAACACAUACAUGAUACACAACAAAUGCAUAGGGCAGGCGUCAGGCGAAGCGAGCGGGAUUAUUUGAAGGACAUGGGGCUUCAUUUAUUUGUGUAUUUUCAGGGAUGGGCGUUCAUUUGGGAUCUACUGUUGAGUUUUUCGGUUGUUACCUACAGGUACCUAGUCUCGACGGUCGAACAAAGAAAGACAAGAAAGCAAUCACACAGCAACAGAAGGAGGCAUGCGCAAGCUUAGGUGGUUGUGUUUGUACUGUUAUUGUAGCAUUCAUUGGUGGGUGAGACCAGAGCAAGCAAGAGAAUGACGUAAAGAGAAGGAUUUAAUGAGCGGAAGUAAGUAGUGUAUGAUACCCGGAUAAUGAAUAAAGUCUUUCCCUGUC